AUGGAGUAUACGCAAGCGACUCAGACGCAACAUACUCAGCCUACACAGCAGUCUCCUGCUACUCAGACCCAAGAUUCAGACAUCAAUAAAGAUCGAAUUUGUCAGUUGAUAUGCACAACAGGUCAAUAUAGUAACUUUGAUUUGACAUCAGGCAAGGAUACUACAGAGAAGGAUAAAACCACAUGGGUCUUUGGACGAAAUCCUGAGUGUGAUUUAGUAUUGACCACGAGCACUAGACUCUCCAAUAAGCAUUUCAAGCUAUGGUUUAACUCAAGCGACAAAACUAUGUGGAUUCAGGAUACAUCUACCAAUGGUACUCAUUUAAACAAUAAUAGAUUGGUCAAGGGCUCUAACUAUAUGUUGAAUCAAGGAGAUGAAAUUUCUGUCGGAUUGGGAAUACCGAAAGAUGUGGUGAGAUUUGUAAUACUUUUUUCGGAUGCUUUUAACCCUUCAAAACUUUCAAAUUCAAUCAAUGGAUCUAAUAAAGAUCAAGGCAUAUAUAAAGAUUUCAUAAUCAAAAAUGAAACAAUUGGACAAGGGGCAUUUGCAAUAGUUAAGAAAGCCGUGGAACGUUCAACUGGAAAAUCCUAUGCAGUGAAAAUAAUAAAUAGAAGAAAGGCAUUAAACACUGGCGGUGCAAUGGUGGCCGUAGAUAGAGAAUUAUCAAUUUUAAGGCAAUUGAAUCAUCCUAAUAUCGUCGCACUAAAAUCCUUCUAUGAAGAUCUAGAUAACUAUUAUUUGGUAAUGGAAUUGGUUCCUGGUGGUGAUUUGAUGGAUUUUGUAGCUGCCAAUGGUGCUAUCGGUGAAGAUGCAACUCAGGUAAUAACUAAGCAAAUUUUAAAGGGUAUAACGUACGUGCAUAAUAUGGGAAUUUCUCAUCGAGACCUUAAGCCAGACAAUAUCCUUAUCAUGCAAGACGAUCCAAUUUUAGUGAAAAUAACGGAUUUUGGAUUGGCUAAAAUUAGCGAUAAUUCAACCUUCAUGAAGACUUUUUGUGGAACUCUAGCCUACGUCGCCCCCGAAGUAAUCACUGGUAAAUAUGAAUCAUCCCAAAGUGAUCCUAUGAGUAGCAAAUAUUCUUCAUUAGUUGAUAUCUGGUCGCUAGGAUGCCUCGUUUAUGUUCUCUUAACGAGCCAUUUACCUUUUAAUGGCAAAACUCAAGCCCAAAUGUUUCAAAAGAUAAAGAAAGGCGAAUUUCACGAAUCUCCACUAAGUUCUUACGAAAUAUCCAAAGAAGGUAGAGAUUUUUUGAGUUGUUGUUUACAAGUCGAUCCCAAAGAAAGAAUUACUGCUGAGGAGGCUCUUAAACACCCAUGGCUAACUGGUGUUGACGAUGACUCCCAAGCACUGCAAGGCCUUUUGAGCUUGUCCCAAUCUCAAUCGCAGCAAUCACGUAAAAUAGAAAAUGGAGUUCCAAUUAAGGCACCUAUAAGCAAGAUAGACGAAGACAUUAUGAUGAGGCCCCUUGAUAGUGACAAAAAUAGAAAAUCUAAGGCUAAUAAAAAUUCAAGCACGGCAUUUAAAGUUCCAAAGAGAAUCGUCCCUUUACCUCAAUCGCAGCAACCAGCUUCUCAAAAUACUCUUGAUAACUCAAAAAGGAGAGUUCCUUCUACCAUCGAGGAAAACUAUUCUAAAGAUGAACAGAUUAAUUCGAAAAAACAUCAUUCGGACCCAUCCAUUGAACUCAAAAGAAAGAAGCAGAAAAGCACAGCUUCCACUAGUGUUGCUAACGAACAUGUAUUCGAAGGCAUAGAAAUGAAUAGCAGAGAUAAGAGACAUGAGGAAGAGAAGAGUGAAGGCGUUAAAUCUAUCAGCAUUCCCGAUAGUCUAGAAAAUAUCCCUGAAGACACAUUUAUUAUUUUAAGGCCAUUAUCGGGAUCUAUAUUUCAGGACCCCAUCUAUCUUCGUCAGGGAGUUAACCCUUAUGCGGUGGGGCGGAAUGAAACAUGUGAUACUUACAUCAAUGAUGAUAGAAUGUCUAAGAUACAUUGUUUGUUCAGUAAAAAAAGACAUCCAGUAUCCAGCGUAUCCAUUUAUGAGAGCCCUGCUCAUUGUCUUGAUGAUAUUUGGCUUCUAGAUAUCAGUACUAAUUCUUGUCUAGUGAAUGGUGUUGUUCUCGGGAAGGGACGCAAAGCGCAACUUUUCAAUGGUGAUAACCUUGAAUUCUUUAACGAUGAACGAUCCCAGGAGCUGAUGGGAUUCAAGGUAGAUAUCAAAGACCCGACCGGUCUAUUUAAUGGGGGCGAGAGACUUCCAGAUAUGGACAGGAGAUUUGUUAAUGUAUUGAAGCAAGAUGCUGCAGACUUCAAGCUAAAGCCAAGGCCUGUGAUGGAUCAUUUAAUGAGCUCUCAUAGCUCUGUUCUAGAGGCUCGCAACAAACGUAUUUCCAAUGGCCCACAAAUUGGAGGAAACUUUAAUCCUCAAUUGAGACAGCAGCGAAAAAAUUAUGACAUUAAUAGAUCCCCCCUGAAGAGCCAAAGUUCAAAGAGAGCGAACCUCCAGGUAGAACAGCUGCGUCCAACGAAUUCUUGGAUAUAG